UCUUCCUCAAGUAGUGACAGCACGAGCAAGAUGAAAAAUACGUCGCAAGCCAAUAAAAAAUCAACUCCAACACAGCACAACCCUCGCUACUUGUGGAUUCGACUGGCUUUGUUCAACAAGCUCUUGGCAAAGAUUGUGGAUCAUGUGGUAGAGAACAGUAGUAAGUACUAUGAGAAAGAAGCCCUUGUGAGUGACCCUGUUUCUGGACAAAUAUUAGCAUCAUUGUUAGUGGGUCCUUGUGCUCUUGACUAUUCCAAAAUGAAGACACAAGAUCAUUUCUGGACAGAUCCACGUGCUGAUGAACUAGUUCAAAGACACCGACUGUCAAGUGGACAUCCUCUUGCUAACGGUUCUUCAACACCACCACCUAAUCGACGACCAGGACUGCAGUAUAGAAAAGAUGCAAGAACAUCAGGUAGCUCGGAAAGUGAACAUCGUGCCGUUCCUUAUGUUGCUAGGGAUUACGUGGAGUCUCUCCACCAGAACUCCCGAUCUACACUUCUGUAUGGGAAAAAUAAUGUUUUAGUGCAGCCGCGAGAAAAUAUCCUCUACUGGGAAUAUGCAAUGAACUUUACUGUGGAAGAUAUAGUGUACUUACAUUGUCACCAACAUGCGGACACUGGAGGAACAAUUGUCCUCGUAGGACAAGACGGAGUUCAACAGCCACCUAUUCUCUUCCCUAAAGGUGGACAUCUGCUAGCAUUUCUCUCGUGUCUGGAGAAUGGUCUUCUGCCUCAUGGACAACUUGAUCCCCCUCUUUGGUCACAGAGGGGAAAAGGUAAGGUGUUUCCAAAGCUUCGAAGGAAGGGUCGUGGCUCCACUCCUAAGAAGUACCAAGACGUUGAAGAUGAAGAAGAAGCUGCAGAUUAUGUUUUUCGUAUUGUGACAUCCCUCAAACCGGACUCUAUAUCUCAAGAAAUGAUGGACCCUACAAUGACCCGCGGGCCUUUCCCCUGGCACUCUCGUGAUGUCGGUGUACGAGCUGCUCAAUUGAAACAUCUUUCAUCAUCAUCAUCAUCAACAUCCAGUAGUAAAUCUUUGACAGAAGAAAACGUUGGACUAGUUACAACAGCCGAUGCCACUAAACAAGCUGCACCAAUUACAAAAAAACGGGCAUUGCUGCCUGUUACUCUAGAAGCUGACAAAACAGUAUCAGCUGGGGAAUCAAUACAAGUUUUGUGUAACACCAUGAGGAGACAGAUAAUUUCCCGAGCCUUUUAUGGAUGGCUUGCUCACUGUCGUCACCUGCGUACAGUCCGUACUCACCUCUCUGGGCUGGUAAACACGGCGAUUGUGUCGUAUAAGGAACCAACCAAUGCAGCUUUAGGACUAACCUCAGAGGUGUGGAAGAACCUCCAGGGAAGUGGCUGUGUAAGAGAAGCCACUGAAAUCUACAGAUUAACUUACUUUGGUGGAAUAGAGCACAGCAUCAGAAAAGAGGUAUGGCCUUUCUUGCUAGGCCAUUAUCAGUUUGAUAGUGCUCCUGAAGAAAGGCAGGAACAUGACAACAGCAUAAGGACAGCAUAUGAGAGAACCAUGUCAGAAUGGCUUGCUGUUGAAGCAAUUGUUCGGCAGCAAGACAAAGAAAUCAUGGCAGCUAACUUAGCCAAGCUCUCCUCGGAAAGUGCCAACAGUGAGAUACCUCUUGUAGGACCUAAAGAUGCCAACUUGAGUAAUGAAGUGUUUGAAGAUAUUAGUCCUGAAGGAUCAUUUGAGGAACCUAAUGAAGAGGACAUUCUUGAAGAAGAAUCUGACAUGAGACAGAGUUCCCGAGAAGCCUUUUCAUCAAAUGAGGAAAAGUACUCAAAAACAGGAGAAGAUGAUGAUUCACAGCCUGUUUCACCUCCAUCUAUGAGAGGACGUUUAAUAAGGCAUCGUCAAGUGGAUAGUCAAAGUAUUGUUAUAACAAAUCCUUCGGUAGACUUCAGUAGUACACAACUGGAAGUUGAGGGUGCUAUUUACAAGAACGAUGAUGGUGAGGCUGAUCUAUCACAAGCUGAAGAGUUCAUCAGAGAUGAAUUGUUGCCUGGAGACUAUGGAGAUGGAGGAAGUCAGCUUUCUGGAGAUUCCAGGUCAAGCUGUGUUUCUCCAGUUUCUUCAAGUGGUGGAGUCUACUCGAUGGAGCUUUUAGACCUAUUCUCAUUGAACCUCCAUAGGAUUGAAAAAGAUGUCCAAAGAUGUGACCGAAACUACUGGUACUUUACCAACGAGAACUUAGAAAAGCUCAGAAAUGUGAUGUGCACGUAUGUGUGGGAACAUUUAGAUGUCGGCUAUGUCCAGGGAAUGUGUGAUUUGGUGGCGCCUUUACUAGUGAUCUUUGAUGAUGAGGUGUUGUCAUACAGCUGUUUCUGUGAACUUAUGAAAAGAAUGGUGGCAAACUUUCCCCAUGGUGGAGCCAUGGAUGCACAUUUUGCCAAUAUGAGGUCCCUUAUUCAGAUAUUGGACGGAGAAAUGUUUGAGCUGAUGCACAAGAAUGGUGACUAUACUCAUUUUUACUUCUGUUAUCGGUGGUUUCUGCUUGACUUUAAAAGAGAACUUAUCUACGAUGAUGUCUUCAGUGUGUGGGAGACUAUUUGGGCUGCCAGACAUGUUGCUUCGAGCCAUUUUGUUCUAUUUAUUGCAUUAGCCAUGGUGGAGUAUUACAGAGAUAUCAUCUUAGACAAUAACAUGGAUUUUACGGAUGUCAUAAAAUUUUUUAACGAAAUGGCAGAAAGACACGAUGCUAAAGCAGUGCUAAAGGUAGCUCGUGAUUUAGUGCACCAAAUUCAAACUCUGAUCGACAAUAAGUAGGUUUUUUGUUAUUUGAACUGUAAAACUAAACCAAAUCCAAUAGUUAUCUGUAUAUUAAAAGAAAUGAAUUUAAAUACUUACAACGUUUUAAUUUUGGUAGUGUUGAAAGAUUAGAAAAAAAUAAGAUGAAAAUGUGUUACAUCAGGUUUUUAAAGUAUGAGUUAGAUUUAUGUUGUUGUUUUUUUUGUAAUAAUAAACACUGGAGAUAUAUGAUGUUUUAGCAUAAAAUGCAAAUAAGGUAAAUUUAUGUUCUUGAUAUUAUCAAUAAGAUCUGAUGACUCAGAUUAAUAUAACCUUUUUUUUUAAUCGCUUUUUUGCUGUAUACUUCCAUUUCUCUAUCAUAUAUGCACUGAUUGUUUACGGUUCCUUUGAUAAUUUACUUUUGUCAAGAAUUUCUGUAUGUUAAACAGGAUGGGACAAAUUAGAAGUAAAACUAUUGACAAACUGUCUGGGCUUCUCAAACCUAAAGUCUUUCACCUAAUGUCUAGAAACUGUGAAAGAAUGGGAUCUGUAUAGGAAAAAAUUUUCUCAAAAACAAAUUGAUUUAAAAUAUUAACAAUUAAAAAAAUCCGUAUUAAUUUGACUACGUAAUUUUAGGUCUUUAGUUAUGAACAUUUCUUAAAUAUUUCCAGACCUUCCAAUAUAGAAAAUAUUUGAUUUUAUAAAAGGAUACUUUAUAGCUUUUUUUUACUUCUUGAGCCUGUGUUAUACACUUGGUUACAAUGUUUUGAUUAUUUUUUAACAGCUUAUUAGAAAUUUUCCACACUGUAUUUUGUAAGAAGAAAAUCUCUUCUGAUAGCUUCUCAGGUCUGUUUAAAUAUAGAAUUUGAAUACUUGGUGGUAGGUUAGUGAUGGUAAAUAAUUAGGCAAAUUCAAUCUCAAAACAAUUUCUUAUAUUUU